GUUCAACGAGACAAGGACAGAGAGUCAUGGCGGACGACGACAUGAUGCUGAUGCAGAUGGAGGACGAGGAGGGGACAACGUUUGGGGCCGAGGAGCUCGCGGCAGCAGGCGAGGCGGGCGAGGACGACGACGAGCUCGAGCCGCUCGAGAAUGUCGGCACCGGCAACCUUCCCGAGUUCACGCCGGUCGACCCGACAUCAUUGAUCGAAGUCGAGGAGGUCCGCCGGCUCCCGGUUCCGCCGCACCGGUACACGCCGCUCAAGCAGAACUGGGAGCACAUUGUUGACCCCAUCGUCAACGUCCUUGGCCUCGCCAUCCAGAUGAACGUCAAGGCCCGCAAGAUCGAGAUCCAGAACUGCGAGUACACCACAGACUCGUCGGCCCUCCAGCGCGCCGCAGACUUUGUUAAGGCCUUUCUCCUGGGCUUUGACCUCGACGACGCCAUGGCUCUCCUCCGCCUCGACGACCUGUACGUCGACUCGUUCGAGAUCGACGACGUCAAGCGGCUGCAGGGCAACCACCGCUCGCGCGCCAUCGGCCGCAUCUGCGGUGCCCAGGGCAAGACAAAACACACCAUUGAGAACGCGCUCCGUGUCCGUAUCGUCGUCGCAGACUCCAAGAUCCACAUCCUCGGCGCCUUUACCAACAUCAAGCUCGCCCGCCGUGCCGUCUGCUCCCUCAUCAUGGGCACCCCGCCCGGCAAGGUGUACGGUCAGCUCCGCUCGGCUUCGGCCCGGCUUGCCACCCGCUACUAG